AUGGCAGCAAACGGAAACAAAUGCUCUCCACAAAGACUCACUAGGCGCGACUCUCUGCAAAUGGACGAUUGUGCAGGUCUGGGCAUGUUCGGUGUUCUGGAGGUUGCUAUAGCAAUGGGUUUGUACUAUGCAUUGACGGACCCACAGUGGGUCCUGGUAGGCAAGGGUUUGUCCAUAGAUGCCAAGGCAAACAUAUUGAUUUUGAAACACUGCAUUGAAGCUAUUGAUUCAAGACAUCGUUAUGGGAGCAAUUUACAACUAUACUAUAAAGAGUGGUUUAAAAGCUCCGCCAAUCAGAAUUUCUUUUCUUGGUUGGAUUAUGGAGAUGGCAAAGAGGUUGAUCUUGAAGACUGUCCUAGAUCAAAGCUUGAUCAACAAUGCGUCAAGUAUCUUGGACUAGAAGCGAGAAAAUCUUACGAGCACGUGAUUGUUAAUGGAAAAAUACUGCGCAGUACAACCAGAAUUCAUCUUAACCAUGAAUCUCCACAGUUGAAAUAUAUCUUCGUAGUGAGCACAUCUAAGAAACUCUACAUUGGAGAGAAAAAGAAAGGAUUUUUCCAUCAUUCAAGCUUUCUUGCGGGAGGAGCUAUUCUAACUGCUGGGAGACUCUGGGUAAAAGAUGGAGUGCUUAAGCGCAUCUCACCUUCCAGUGGACAUUAUAAGCCAACCGAGGAUAGCCUUGAACGAUUUUUAUCGAUUCUCAAGGAAAAUGGAGUCAACCUUGACGAAGUCCAGAUCCGGAAGGCGAACGAAGACUUUUGGAGUCCUUAA